AUGAAGAGUCUUCAAGUCCUUAAUCUAGGCGGCAAUGGAUUUAGCCAUGUAGAAAAUGGAAUUUGGGAAAUUCUGGGGAAUCUAUGCAACUUCAUACAUUUGGAUUUAUCUUACAAUCAAAUCCGAGAGAUUUUAGAGCUUCCUGUAAAUAUUUCCAGGUGCAUUAGUUACAGUUUAGAGUCCCUUGAUCUUAGUGGCAACAAUAUUAUGGGCAAUUUGCCGUCUAUUUUAGGACAAUUAACUAACCUGAAACAAUUAGAUUUUUCAUAUAAUAAAUUAAGUGGAGAGAUCCCAGAUUGCCUAGGACAAUUGACUGAAAUUGAGUAUCUAGAUAUUUCAUCCAAUUUUAUUCAAGGCCAAGUAUCACUGUCACACUUAGGAAGCCUCUCUAAGUUGUCCUACUUGGACAUGAGCUACAACAAUGUGUCUCUUGACGUUAAUUCUAAUUGGCUACCUCCCUCCCAAUUGAAUAAAUUUAGGAUGGCUUCUUGUAAUAUCAACCACUCUCCACAUUGGCUUCAAACACAAACUAGGAUUCAAGAUUUGGACCUCUCUAAUACUGGCAUCUCGGGCGAGCCACAUGAAUGGUUUAUCAACACAAGUAGCUUCCUAAGAUUGAAUCUUGCCAACAACUUUCUCACUGGACCUCUCCCAAAACAACUUUCUCUAGGUCGGCUGGAGUAUGAUGAACAUGCGUCGUUUAUAGAUUUGUCCUCAAACCAAUUCUCAGGUUCCAUCCCACUUACCUUCGAGCGAGAUUGUGCAAUUUAUAGUUUACAAUUGAACAACAAUAGUCUUACGGGACAUAUUCCUUCAUCUCUCAUGAAUUGCCCACUGGAAAUUCUUGAUCUUAGUAGUAAUAGACUCUCCGGAGAAAUACCACCUUGGACGAGUUAUCAAUUAUUGGGUUUGCGUAUCCUUAGGCUUCAAAAUAAUCAACUUGGUGAAGUCAAUCCUAGAGAUGAUAGUGGCAAUAGUACCACCAUCUUAAAGUCUCUGUGUAAGCUCUCAUUGCAAAUAUUAGAUCUUCAGAAGAAUAAGUUAUCCGGCACAAUUCCAAAUUGUUGGGAAUAUUCUGAGUCGCUGCAGGUUAUAAAUCUUUCAUCCAACAAUCUUUCCAGUGUCAUCCCUUGCUCUCUUGGAAAUCUUUUCAGCUUGAAAUAUUUGCAUUUGAGUGAUAACAAACUGUAUGGUCACAUUCCUUCAUGCUUGAGCAACCUCACACAAUUGAAAAUUCUCAAUCUCGGUGGAAAUGACUUAUCAGGGGCUAUACCGAAAUGGUUUGACACAAGUUUUCCAAGCUUGGAAGUACUCAGGCUGCCACAAAACAAGUUCAAUGGCCUCAUUCCUAAGAAAUUUUGCAACUUUUCUCAUCUUCGUGUCAUGGACCUUUCUAACAAUCAAUUGACUGGAAAAAUUCCUCCCUGUUUUGGCAACCUUGUAGGUAUGAAUUUACCAGUUAACACUUCAGAUGAUGACCUUCUUGUUUCUUCAGAUAUGAUUCCCGAUAACAAUAUUAGAGAGACCGUGGCAGGAAUUGCACGAGAAUAUAGCAGCGUCCUCAACUACUUGGUAAAUAUUGACCUUUCCAACAAUAAUCUUGUUGGAGUCGUACCUAAGGAGCUUACGAAGCUAUUUGUGUAG